AAGUAAUGAGUGUGAGUGAAGUACACACAACUAGCUCACAUAUAUUGAAAUAUUUGAGUUAAUAUAAAGCUACUUUUCUAGUGGCAGCACUACAAGAUGGAAAAGAUCAAUCUAGAAAUUAAACCUGAAGAAUUAGAAGCUGAUGAAAUGAAAUUUGUUCAUGAUUCUUCAGUGGAUCAUGAAGGAAACAUUCCUCUUCGAGCUUCAACCGGUUCUUGGAAAGCUGCUCUCUUCAUUUUUGCAAUUGAGUUUAGUGAGAGGUUAAGCUACUUUGGAAUAGCAACUAGCUUAGUACUUUAUCUCACAAAGGUUAUGCAUCAAGACCUUAAGACAGCAGCAAAAAAUGUUAAUUAUUGGGCUGGUGUCACAACUCUGAUGCCAUUGUUUGGUGGAUUUAUAGCUGAUGCUUACUUGGGCCGUUACUCCACUGUGUUUGCAUCAUGCAUUGUUUAUCUUAUGGGUUUAAUUCUCCUUACUCUAUCAUGGUUCUUGCCAAUCUUAAAGUCAUGUAAUCAUACUAACAUGUGCAAUGAACCAAGGAAAAUUCAUGAAGUGGUUUUCUUCCUAGCUAUCUACAUGAUAUCUCUAGGAACAGGAGGCCACAAACCCUCUUUGGAAAGCUUUGGAGCUGAUCAAUUUGAUGAGGAUCAUAUUGAAGAAAGGAAGCAAAAAAUGUCAUUUUUCAAUUGGUGGAAUUGUGCUCUUUGUAGUGGACUUAUUCUAGGAGUAACCUUAAUUGUUUAUAUACAAGACAACAUAAAUUGGGGUGCUGCUGAUAUUAUCUUUACAGGUGUCAUGACUCUAUCACUUCUCAUCUUCAUAAUUGGAAGACCUUUCUAUCGUUAUAGGAUACCAAAUGGCAGUCCCUUAACUCCUAUGUUGCAAGUUCUUGUUGCUGCAUUCUCCAAAAGGAACCUUCCAUAUCCUUCUAAUCCUUCUCAAUUGUAUGAGGUUCAAAAGUCUCAUGGCAACAAUAAGAAAUUUCUUUGCCACACUAGAAAACUAAAAUUUCUUGACAAAGCAGCUAUAAUUGAAAAUGAUGGAAAUUUAGGAGAGAAGCAAAGUCCAUGGAAGCUAGCAAAUGUUACUACAAUUGAAGAAAUGAAGCUUAUAAUCAAUAUGAUUCCUAUUUGGAUAUUCACUUUACCAUUUGGAAUAUGUGUGGCACAAACAUCUACAUUCUUCAUCAAACAAAGUGCUAUAAUGAACAGAAAGAUUGGUGAAGGAUUUGAGAUUCCACCAGCUUCAAUAUUCACAAUUACUGCUUUAGGAAUGAUUAUUUCUGUGGUAACUUUUGAUAAGAUUCUUGUACCUAUGUUAAGAAAGAUAAAUAAAAAUGAGAGAGGAAUAAACAUCCUUCAAAGGAUUGGUUUUGGAAUGAUUUUUACUAUAACUACAAUGAUCAUAGCAGCUUUGGUAGAGAAAAAAAGGCUUGAAGCUAUUGAGAAGGAUUCAUUAAAAGCUUCACUAUCAAUGAGUGUUUUUUGGUUGGCUCCACAAUUUCUAAUUAUUGGUUUUGGUGACGGAUUUACCCUUGUGGGAUUGCAAGAGUAUUUCUAUGGUCAAGUUCCUGAUUCAAUGAGAAGCUUAGGAAUAGCUUUUUACUUAAGUGUGAUUGGAGCAUCAAAUUUCCUAAGUAGUAUAUUGAUAACAAUUGUUGAUCAUAUGACAAAAAAGAAUGGGAAGAGUUGGUUUGGUAAGGAUUUGAAUAGUAGUAGAUUGGACAAAUUCUAUUGGCUAUUGGCAGUUAUAGCUACACUGAAUUUGUUCUUGUUUGUGUUCUUUGCAAGAAGAUAUUCCUACAAAAAUGUGCAAAAGAUUGUGGUGGUUGAUGAUACCUAUGAAGGCAAAAAUGACAAUGGUAUAGUAGAAAAUUCGGUUUGAGUUUCUUAAUAAAGUCAUUUAAACAAAAUAGAGAAAUGUUUUACUAUAGUAUUUUUAUAAAUGUCUCUUUCUAUUGACCAUUGGUA